GUCUCUAUUAUAAAGUGCCAACAAUAAAUGCAUCUAAUUAACUCUCUACCUGCAAAGGUUUGAGUAGAAAAUUUAGGCAAUUGCUGUAUCUGUCUUUAUGGUGAUAAUGGAGAGGGCACAAAGUGAAGGCAAGAGGAAGGGCAAAAUAAAUAAGGCUUCUGCCCUUGGUUUUUUAAGGUUUAAUCUUCAGUCUUUGAACAGCAAGGGAAUCUGCAGGAUGUCAUGUAUUUCACUGCCUUCAUUUUUAUUUUAUUUCCAGGUUUUUGUUUACUGAAACACUUUGGUGUGAGAGCUGGCAUGGAUUAUUAAGCUGUAAUGGUAACAAAGAGCAGCAAACUUGGCUUCCAAGUGCACACGUGUUUCUGUGGGGAUUGGGAGAGAGCAGGCAGGAGGAGCUCACAGAACUGCUUGUCUGAAAACCAGGACUGACAACUGAGUAGUAGUGUCUUCAGACUAAAACUCCUUUUUGUUUAUUUGGGGAUUGAUGUUGUGAUUGUUUGGGGGGUUUUGUUUGGCUGAUGGGUUUUGUUUGAUUUGUUUGUUUGUUUGGUCUGUAUUUUAACAACAGGGUUUGUAUCCUGAAGGUUUCCUUAGAAGCCACCACAGAGUGUUUUCAGUGUGACACCUGAGAUUUUUCAUAGAUUUGCUUGAUGGCAGCAACUGGAAUAUUUAAUUAAAUGUCAAAUAACAGCAGGUUUAUGCUUUCUCCCAUGAGAGUUUAGCAACACUGAGGGCUGUGUGUACUGAUAAUCUUGAGAUUAUGCCAUAGCCCCUUUCCAGUGGUUUGCAGGAAUUUGAGUUGGCAGUAAUGAGUCAAAGCUAUCUUUAUCUGCAUGGAUGAGGUGUAUAUUGCUCGCCUGAAAUGAUGACUGACAUCACUGCUUCCAGCUCAGGGGCUCAUACCUGCGAGCCACCCGUUGGAGUGGGGAGUUGUGCUAGGAUGGGAAGGUUCCUGAUGUGUGGGCAACACCAACAUCACCCAGUUUGCAGUUACAGGAGCUGUUCAGGCUCAAAUGAUUUUAUUGUUAUGCUUAGCAGCUUUAUUUGGAGGAAAACCCCUUGGGUUUCACUCUGGCAGGGAUCAGUCCUGCCUCCUGCUGCUGCCAGCUCUUACUUAAGAGCAUGCUGUUUGGCCUUACAGCCUGCCGAUCUCCUCCUCUGAGGGAGGAUAUGUUGGUACUGGAAGCAUAAGGAUCUCAUAGUUCCUGCUCCAGCAUGUAGUGCUUUUGAGACCAUUAGCACAUUUCCUGGUGCACAAUACAGAAAGGGCUUACUCUCCUGUGGUGGGCUCUUAGGGUUUUGUCAGAUGUCUCUCUGUUUAAUUUCAUUGAUGGUCAACUAUCAGAAGUGCACUGAGAAGGCCUUUCUGAUGUCUUUUCUCAUUUUCCUGUUCUGUGCUUUUUUGACAGCUGCUCUUCUGGGGAUAGAUUUUAAGCUCUUGCAUUAAAUGAAGUGUUCCUUCCCACAGACUGUUCUUGGAAUCUGCGUGGUAUGUGUUGUAGGAAGGUUGACCAUGAUCCAUCAAACUCUCUGAAGGACCAGCAUGGAGAUUGGCACUCUGAACUGUUAAUGGGGACAUGGGACUCCCGUUGUCAUUGACCAUUUGUGUGGACUUUACCAGCGAAAACCAACAGAAGCCAGCAGAAGGGCGGUGGGAAUUAUAGCAGUUUUCCAGGUCACCAAAUCUUGUUGUUUUAAUUUCUGUCUGGAAGAAUGUCUGAGCAAGGUAAACUGAACCAGGAGACAGCAGAGGAAGCUGUGAAUGAGCAGGAGACUGCCAUCUCUGAAGUGGACCCUGACCACUGUAUCCUUAAUAAAUCUGAAAGCUCAGAAGUGGAGGAGAAGGAGGAGAAGCUGAGCGAUGCCAAGACAGAGCUGCAGGUGUUACUGGCAACAAAAAGUUGUUAUGCAAAGCCUAAGAAGAAACGAGGUGGAAACUCAAACCAGAAAAAGAAAUCCAAGUCAGGAGCUAAAGGAAAACUUGUCCGGAGCCUUGCUGUGUGUGAAGAGUCAACCCCUCGCCCGGGAGCAGAAAAUCUCCAUGAUAAUCAGGAAUCAAUCCAGCUACAGCUUUCAAGUUUUCCUAGCUUGCAAGAAGAAGAUAAAUGUAGUAAAGAUGACUCCGAGAAAGAAAAAGAGAAGGAUAAAAAUAAAGAAAAAGAUAAAAACAGUGAAAAAAACAAGAUCAGAAUGUUGUCAAAAGAUUGCAGUCAAGAGUAUACAGACUCAACAGGCAUAGAUUUGCAUGAGUUUCUCAUUAACACACUAAAGAAUAACCCCAGGGAUAGAAUGAUACUCUUGAAAAUGGAACAGGAAAUUAUUGAUUUUAUUAGUGACAACAAUAAUCACUAUAAAAAGUUCCCUCAGAUGUCAUCAUAUCAGAGGAUGUUAGUGCACAGAGUGGCAGCUUACUUUGGCAUGGAUCACAACGUGGAUCAGACUGGAAAAUCUGUAAUUAUCAACAAGACCAGCAAUACCAGGAUACCAGAGCAAAGGUUUUCUGAACAUUUAAAAGAUGAAAAAGGUGAAGAAUCCCAGAAGCGAUUUAUCUUGAAGCGAGAUAACUCUAGUAUUGAUAAAGAAGACAAUCAGCAAAACAGAAUUCUUCCAUUUAGAGAUGACAGACGAAGUAAAUCAAUUGAAGAGAGAGAAGAGGAGUAUCAGAGAGUGAGGGAGAGAAUAUUUGCACAAGAUUCAGUUUGCUCCCAGGAAAACCUUUUUGUGGAAAACAGUAGGCUGUUGGAAGACAGUAGCAUAUGCAAUGACACCCAUAAGAAAAGGCAGCUGUUUAGGGGCAACAGAGACAGCAUAGGGAAGGCAUCUGGCAGUCGACAGAGCAGCACAGAGAAUGAACUGAAGUGGGCAGACCACCAGAGGCCAUGGAGCAGCACGGACUCGGACAGCUCCAAUCGGAAUCUGAAGCCAGCCAUAACAAAGACAGCCAGCUUUGGUGGGAUCACCGUCCUGACAAGAGGAGAUAGCUCAUCAAGCAACAGAAGUACCGGCAAACUGUCCAAAACAGGCUCAGAGUCUUCCAGCAGCGCUGGCUCCUCAGGAUCACUGUCACGAAUACAUCAGCCUCUCCAAAGUGCAUCCCUUGUCCCUGGGGUGACAGCCAGCUCUUCAGGCAGCGUGUCCUACCCUGAGAACGGGAUGAGUGGCCAGGUGGCCCCCAGCAACACCAGCUAUAUCAUUCUUCCACUUGAAGCUGCAGGGAUACCACCUGGCAGUAUCCUCCUGAACCCGCACACAGGUCAACCCUUUGUAAAUCCUGACGGGACGCCGGCAAUAUACAACCCUCCCAGUAGCCAGCAGACGAUGAGGAGCCAGAUGGUGGGACAGUCUCAGCAGCAGCCUUCAUCCCAGCAGCCUCAGCAGGUUCAACAGCCACAACAGCAAAUGGCAAGUCACCUUGUCACACAGCCUGUUCAGGCAAUGCAGCCAUCUUCUCAGUCAGUACAAUAUCCAGCCGUUUCUUAUCCUCCCCAGCAUCUCCUGCCUGUCUCUCCAACGCAGCAGUUUCCUGUGCGGGACGACAUGACAACGCAGUUUAACCAGAUGAGCUUGAGUCGCCAGUCAUCGGGAGACAACCCCGAGUCGCCUUCUGGCCCUGUCUACCCAUCGCCUAUCCUGCAGCAGCCUGCGCAGCAGACAGGUUACAUCAUGGCCUCUCCGAGCCAGCAGCUUCCCCCAGGGGGUUUCACAGGUUCGGGUCCACCCGUGUCCCAGCAAGUGCUGCAGCCCCCGCCGCCGCCACAGGGCUUCGUGCAACAACCGCCACCACCUGCUCAGAUGCCAGUGUAUUAUUACCCAUCUGGUCAGUACCCUACCUCAACAACACAGCAGUACAGACCCAUUGCCUCAGUUCAGUACAAUGCACAGCGGAGUCAACAGAUCCCACAGACUGCACAGCAAGCAGGGUACCAACCCGUCCUGCCGAACCAGCAGCAGGGCUUCCAGGGUCUCAUGGGAAUGCAGCAGCCUCCCCAAAGCCAGAACCUGAUGAAUAAUCAACAGGGAAAUCAGGUGCAAGGCAUGAUGGUGCAGUAUCCAGCCAUGUCGUCUUAUCAGGUGCCAAUGACCCAGGGUUCUCAAGGAUUGCCACAACAAUCAUAUCAACAGCCACUCAUGCUACCUAAUCAAUCAGGUCAAGGAACACUUCCAGCCACUGGAAUGCCUGUCUACUGUAAUGUCAUACCUCCUGCCCCUCAGAACAACGUCCGGCUGAUUGCCCCACACUGCCCCUCCAACAACGUCCCAGUGCUCUCUGCCAGCUGCAGGACAAACUGUGCCAGCAUCAGCAGUGCAGGCUGGCAGGUCAAGUACUGACCCCGUGGCUGAGCUGUGGCUGAGCGAGGACAGAGGUGCGUUAGCUGACAAACAACUCCAUGGCCUUCAAACGAAGAGGAAACACAAACAGGAUCAUCAGUUGGGGACAGAAGUACUGACUAUGGUCAAGUGAUUUGCUGCUGGAAAAAUCUGUAAAAAAAACAAACAAACAAACAAAAAAAUCUGGGGGGGGGGGAAGAAAAGAAAAAAAAAACACAAAACAAGAAAAAAAAAUGUUUGCUGGUUAAUGGUGCAUAUUUUUGUCAUGUCUGCUAGGUAUGCCUUUAUAGCUUAGCUAGUGACAUGAAUUCAUUGAGGUAAGAUUUUUUCCUACCACUGAACACCACUGUGUAGAUUGUAAUACCCCCAACUCGGAUUAGUUUUGUACUUCGUGUUGAGUUUGUGAAGCUAAAAGUAUUUAAAGAUAUAAUAAAAAUCACAUUGUACCAAAGCUGUAAUGGAAAUUAAAACAACCACCACCA